UUAUGGAACAGUUCAAUCCAGGACUGAGGAAUUUAAUAAAUUUGGGGAAGAAUUAUGAAAAAGCUGUUAAUGCUAUGGUAGUAGCUGGAAGAGCAUAUUAUGAUAGCCUUGCAAAGAUUGGGGACAUAUCAGCUGAUUCUCCAGUUUCUAAAGAACUGGGCCAAGUUCUCAUAGAAAUUUCAAGAACACACAAGAAACUUAAUGACAGUCUAGAGGAGAGUUUCAAAAAGUUUCAUAAAGAAAUCAUAUCUGAACUGGAGAAGAAAACAGACCUGGAUGUAAAAUACAUGAAUGCGACUUUAAAGAGGUACCAAACCGAACACAGAAGCAAAUUAGAUUCUUUAGAGAAGUCUCAGGCUGAGCUGAAAAAGAUCAGAAGGAAAAGCCAAGGAGCACGAAAUGUAAUGAAGUACGAGCAUAAAGAAAUGGAGUACUUGGAAACGGUGAGCUCUCGCCAGAGCGACAUUCAGCGGUUCAUCGCGGAGGGCUGCAGAGAAGCUCUCCUUGAGGAAAAAAGGAGAUUCUGUUUCCUGGUUGACAAGCACUGCAGCUUUACCCAGCACAUGCACUUCUAUCACAUUCAGUGUGCGGACUUCCUAAAAUCCAAGCUGCCUGGGUGGCAGGAAAUCUGUAGCGAUGCCACCAAAGUGCCUGAGAAAGUCAGAAUGAUGAUAGACGAAAUAAGGACACCGAGCUCCACCCCAGUAUCAGGGACUCCGCAGCCUUCGCCCAUGAUAGAGAGAAAUACCAUGAUUGGAAGUGACUUCUAUGCUCAUCAUGAAAACGCAUCAAAGGUGCCCCCCGCUCCCGCAGGCAGGGCGUACACUAGCCCGCUAGUGGAUAUGUUCAACAACCCGGCAGCGGUCCCCAAGACAUCUUCUGACAAACCGAACAGCGCGGCAGAGAAUUCGGAUGAUGCCAAUUUAUCGCGUUCAACUUCUGUUGCCACGGGACUAAACAUAAUGAAAAGGCAAAAAGUAAAGACAAUCUUCCCACAUACUGCUGGAAGUAACAAGACGCUGCUCAGCUUUGCGCAGGGGGAUCUCAUCACGCUCCUUGUCGCUGAGGAAAAGGACGGCUGGCUGUACGGGGAGCACGACUCGACUAAAGUAAAAGGAUGGUUUCCGUCAUCGUAUACGAGGCCACUAGAAGAACCAGCGGAAGAAAAAGCGUUUGUGCCAGUGCCAAGCCCUGCGCCAAUCCGAAGUAUUAGUUCUGUCAACCUUGUGGAAAAAGGUGAUGUGGUCCUCCCGCCGCCGGACUACCUGGGGUCUUCACAACCAGACAAAAGGACGGAGCCUUCCAAAGGUACCACCGUUAAAACACCAACCGACAGAGCAGAAAACGCAGGCCCGAAACCUGAUACGAAUGGCAUCAUAAAACCACCUUUUCUGAGCGGAGAAAAUCCUUUUGCGACCGUGAAGCUCAGACCAACAGUAACAAACGACAGAUCGGCACCCGUCAUCCGGUGA